AGCCAAUCCAAACCGAUUAAUUUGGUUUUGAUCCGGGAGUGGAGCGAAGCGUCAGGCUCACGGACAGCCUGCACCCACACAUGCAAACGCCAAGGUAUGGGCCUGUCACGAUUCUGAGGUCCGUGCUGGGCCAUCGCGGUGGCAGACGGAAACCCGCCGCCUCCCACGUGCUGACCUGCCACCUGCGCCAGCGGAAGAAACCCCACUGGACCUCAUACUUUGUCCGCUACUCAUCGGUCUCCAACGACCAGUUCGGGAUGUCCCACUUCAACUGGACGGUGGACGAGGUCAACUACCAUGUGCUCCGGACCGGCUGCUACCCUUUCAUCAAGUACCACUGUUCCAGGAGGCCCCACAGAGACCUGUCCCUGGAGAAUGCGUUCUUCGGCUUCAUCAAGCUGCUCAACCUAGGAAUACCAACGCUGGCCUACGGUCUCGGCUCCAUACUGAUGAUUAAGCACCACGAGGUUGUGGUGACCUCCGAAGGACCGGUGACGCUGCACUUUUUAAUGGAAGAGGACAAGGAUGCCAUGUUUUAGCUCGAGCGACUCUGGAUCGGCAUGUUAACAUUGUCAAGUAAAGUUGUGGAACAUGAGAGUAUUACCGUG